CAAGGAAUUCCAAAUGCCCUACCAGAGAGUAACCAUGAAAACAAGAGGAGCAAAGAAAUUCACAGGUAGGCACCUGAUCAGUGCCGUGAUUCCACUCUCUCUGCUGCUCUGCCUCGUUCCUACCUUGUAUCUCAUUUCAAGCUACAGCUCCGUGAUCUUCUACACCAGGACUCUCGCCGGCGACAAUCUCCUCCCGACUCCAUGGCACCAUUUCCCCCCCGCCCGGAAGAGCCAAAUCUCCUGGAGCCGAGCGCACAAGAUCUUCGAAUGCUCCUACCUCUCGUGCGCGGCGCCGCCAUGGACCGCGAUCGCCAAUCCCGCCGCGGCAAACUCCUCGUCGCAGCAGUCGUGCCCGGACUUCUUCCAGUGGAUCCACCACGACCUGGCGCCGUGGAGGGCGAGCGGCGGGAUCUCCAGGGCGGCGCUGGAGGAGGCCCGCGAGUUCGCCGCCUUCCGCGUGGCGAUCAUCGGCGGCCAGCUCUACGCCGAGCUCUACUACCAAUGCGUCCAGAGCCGCGCGAUGUUCACGCUCUGGGGUCUGCUGCUGCUGCUCGAGCGAUUCCCCGCCGGCGCCGUCCCCGACGUGGAGUUCAUGUUUAACUGCAUGGAUCGCCCACACUUCCGCCGCAGCCGCUACAAAUCCCGCGCGCCGCCGCCACUCCUCGCCUACUGUGGCUCGCGCGACACCGUCGACAUCGCAUUCCCAGAUUGGUCCUUUUGGGGGUGGUAAGUUUCUCUCUCGAAGAUUUCUUCCAUCGAUCUGUCGAGCUCUCGAGCUUUAUCUCUCGC